GCAGAGCACUGACGCACUCCGCGCACGGAGGACAGAGCGGCCCGGUCGCCGGCGUGGUUUCUCAGUCCUGCUGCAGCAGGCGGGAGGCAGCCUGUCCAGGCGCCCGCUAGCUUCGGCGGCGACCCAGACGGGAAAAGAGGAAGGAAUGUCGCGUGCAAGCAGGCAGCUGGUGUGGAAGAAUGACACUGAGCCAUUCAGUGAAGGAGCGGACCAUCUCUGAGAACAGCCUGAUCAUCCUACUGCAGGGCCUCCAGGGCCGGGUAACCACUGUGGACCUGCGGGAUGAGAGCGUGGCCCACGGACGCAUAGACAAUGUCGAUGCUUUCAUGAACAUCCGCCUGGCCAAAGUCACCUACACGGACCGUUGGGGGCAUCAGGUCAAGCUGGAUGACCUCUUUGUGACAGGCCGCAAUGUCCGCUACGACCACAUCCCAGAUGACGUGAACAUCACCUCGACCAUUGAGCAGCAGCUGCAGAUUAUCCAUCGGGUGCGGAAUUUUGGUGGCAAGGGCCAAGGCCGGUGGGAAAUUCCUUCCAAAAACUGUAAGUGA